CAUAAAGUCCAGGAAGUUUGUCUCACUUACUUUCACACCGCAGCUUUGUUCAGCUUGACUAUAAUAAUAAUAAUAAAAAAAGAGUCUGAGAACUAAUGUUAAAAACAGUCUGAAAUUAUAACUCAAGGUUUAUUGUUGUAGCAUGAGAGCACCAUGGCUCUGAAGUGUUUAUCAGCUGUUUUAUUUUUCUUCUGUACAUCUGAAGUUUCUGGUCUUGGCAUCACAAACAGAUCCUCUCUGACCUGCGACCAAAUGGUGCCAUGUGAAAUUAAUAUAAAUCACUGUGUAUAUAAAGAAUGGCUGAAACCACAGACUUUCACUCCAACCAGUCCAGUAGAUCUAAAGGUUCAUGUAGACGUCACGACGGAUGAGAGGGGAUACUUGGUGCCUGUAAUUGUGGCAGAAUGGAAAGCAAGGGAUGAUGGGAGCAUUAUACAUUUGACUGGAACAGAGUUUCAAGUGACAAAGCAGGGCAACGGUGAGCACAUCUGUGUUCAUUACAUUUUUCUUAAGAAGAUUACUACAAUGAGAAAUGAAUUUGAUGAACAGUGGUCUUUUACUUUGGACAAAGUGAUUGUCGAUCCAGAUGAGACUUAUUUGGUAUCUGUCUCCAACCUUCCCAAGCCCAACAUCGCACACACCAGUUACAACAUUAACAAAACUAUCAAAGUCUCAGGUUGUAAAAGUCCUGCUAUGCAGAAGACUCAGAUCUGCAUCGAAAGGGGAGACAACUGGAAUCCCAACAUCUCCAUGGUGAGAUCAGGGCCUCAGGACAGGACACUUUUUAUUGCUUUUGACACUGAUGAGCAUUCUGAAACUUAUAAAGUCCAUGUGAAGUGCAAACAACACAAAGAAACCCAAAAUCUCAGUAAGGAAAACAUGUCCUCCCUAAAUGUCACAUUUGACCUAGAAGCUUGGCCACACACAUGCUGCAGUUUCACUGUGGAGAUCCAGCCAUUCUUUAAGUGUGGAAAUGACUGCUUACGGAAGAAAAGAAGUUUUAAUAUAUGCCCAGCAGACCCACCUAAGGCAGCAAACAGUGCAGAUGGUUUGUGGAAGGUUUUUACUGGGUUGUUUGUCGUAUUCUGUGGUCUUUGUGCCAUUUGUGCCAUUUGUUUGCGCUACAGAAAGCAGCAGAAGGGUCCAGCAAUACCCCUGCAUGGGCACCCUACUCCAGAUAAUCUACCAGAUGCUGAGCAUUCCGUGUUAAUCAUCUACUCAAGAGAUCACCCAAAAUACACUGAUAUAGUGCUGAAGCUCUGUGCCUUCUUGAGGGCCAAGUGCGGCACAGAGGUUUACUUGGACCUCCUGGACACGGCCUCUAUAGGAGCCAUGGGCCGCCUGCAAUGGAUGGAAUUACAGAUGCGUCGUAUAGAGCAAUCUUCUGCCAAAGUGCUGGUCCUCUGCUCACGAGGAGUGCAGGCCAAGUGGGGAGCCAUGUGUGGCGGACCUCAAGUCCUCUUACAUGAGGAUGUUUGCUCGCCAAUGGGGGACAUGCUGACACUCGCCCUGCAACUUAUCACACCCGACAUGCAGCGGCCAGCCUCUUAUGGCAAGUACCUGGUGGCGUAUUUUGAGGAUAUAUGUGGCGAACGUGAUGUGCCCUCCAUGUUUGACUUGGCGGUUAAAUACAAACUAAUGAAGCACUUUGAAGAGCUAUUCUUUCGGAUCCUGGAUCUGGAAAAAUAUCAGAAGGGGAAGGUGAACGCAAUCAAGGGCAUUGGCAUUGAUGACUAUAUCAACUGCCCAUCAGGCAAAGCUUUGAGAGACGCCAUUGAAACCUUCCAGGCUUACCAGCUGGAGAAUCCAGACUGGUUUGAAAAGGAGUGCUUAGACAGUGAAGAUGAGGUUCCGGGAACUGAGAUAAGCCCUUUUCUUAACGAGUGUCCCCCACAGGUUCUUAAGUGUGAUCCUGUGCUCAACUUUGGACCCUCUGUAUGUGAGUGUAAGGUGGAGGUACACUGUGCGGACCAGACCCAUAGUGUCUGGUCCACUGAAAUACCACAUCUUAACCUAGACUAUGAGGAACCAUUUGUUCAAGAUGUCCAACCAGCAUGCCAGGUAUAUUCCCUCCAUCCAGCUGUGGAAACCCCACUUGGUAUCCACCAAGCUGGAGUGUGCCAUGCAAAUUCAGAGAACCAUCCCUGCCUUUUAAUUGAACCUGCACUACAGGAGCCUUUACCAUCGAGUAGGAACGAGGUAUUUGUGAACAAGGGGCCAUUUCUUGAGGACUCUUCUGCCACUGAUAAAGAGGAUGCCCUUAAGAAACUACUGAACCUCCAGGUCUCCCUGGUAUCUGUUGAUAUUACAGCUCCUCCACCCUCGGUGGAUGAUCAGUUCCAGACAUCUUGGGAUGUGCACUCAUCACAGCCAGUGGAAGUGGAUGAGAGUCAGGUGGAAGAUGCCUCAGGAAGGAGACAAUCUAGAUGGUCAGAUCAAGGCUAUAGCUCAAGAGACUCUAUGGUAAGGGAGGAGCCUCCUCCAUCUUCUCUUGUUGCACUGGCUAAAUUGCAGGAAGCCCUAUACCUAAACAGUCCAAUCUCAUCCGGAUUCUGCACAGAGACAAUGGAGAGUUGAUAUUAAUAUGAUAGGCAAAGAGAUUUCCAGUACACUCUACAUACCAAACAAAAAUCUCCUCAGGUUGUCAAAAAAAAACCAAUGAAAAGCCACAUACUCUGCAAGUGUUUUUAUUGUAUUCUUAUGUAUAUAACAAGUGACAAUUAACCUGUGAACUGCUUGAUAAUGCAAAAAAUCGUGUAACAUUUUUGACGACAUUAUUAACAGACAUGUGGACAACUGUCUAUUUCUUUCCAUUUAAACAGGUUCUACAUUUAAUAUUGCACAUAACCUUUUUGGUUAAAAUGGGUUUUCAUUACAGGCAAUCUACAAGCUGUAAUUUACAAUAUACCUUUGCAUGCAUUGCACUAUAAGCAACUUUUCAUGUAAAAACAUACAUAUCACGAAGAUGAUUUGUUUCUCGGUCUUCUCGCAGGUAGAUUUGUAUAAUCAGAUUAUUGGAUCUCCGUCAGAUGGGGCAUUAAAUGUAAUACUAUAAUAGUACAUUAUUAAUAGCUGUAAAUUAAAAACUGCAUUCUUUGGU